AUGGCUGAAAACUCGACUGAUGUCUACGACUUUGUUUUUCCGAGUCCGCCAGCUUUACAACAACUCGCAGCCAUCGCAGUAGCAGUGAAACUAUGGCGUGAACAAGUCGGUGAGCAUCGUUUAAAUAAUACCUUGGACAAAUUUGGGCAAGAGUCGAAUAUUUCCCUGGAUAGCGUUCGCCCUCAUCUACCUUCAACAAUUCUUCCCAUCAUUGAGAAUUAUACUACGUACAUACAGGGUUCAUUGUGCAGAUACGAUGACGAAUAUCGUCGGCGGCAGUGGCUCUUGGAAAGUCUGAGUAAAUUUGACGAUAUUGUUUGUGACGUUGAUGGCACUAUCAAUUAUGAUCGUACUGCGAGACGAGCAUUACUCUGCGAAGAAAUCAGUGACGUUUAUAAAUUUGAAAUUGCUUGUUUGUAUUGUCUAGAGGAUGAUAUAAUGCGAAUUUGGCCUUCUGUGUCGAAUUUAGAAUCCCUGAACUUGAGCGAUGAUGAUUUUUCGUUUAUCGAAUUUCAUCAAAAUUCUUUAUUGUGUUACUGGAUUUGCCGUCUUAGAAACGAGUUGCAUAGAAUUCCCAUUUUUUUACCCGAAAAGACUAUCGAUGAACAUUUAAUGGAAAUUCUUGUCGCUGAUAAUUGGUCGUCUAUAAGGUACUUUUGGUGUAGAUUAAAAAACGUUGAAAGUCGAGUAGCAAAUGCAUGGUACCUACUUGAACGCCGAACUUCUAUAUUCUGUAGGUACAUACUCGCAAAGUUAAACGAGGAAGAAUUAGAUGCUUUGAUCGCCAAAGCGAAUGAACAUUAUGGAUUCAUGUAUUGUGUAUUUAAAAAAUGGUAUUUCCGUUGUGGAUACUAUGAAAUUGAUAAAAAAAGAGCUUGCGUUUUAACAACGUGGCACUUUGUUAGACAUAAAAUAAACACUGAGGAAUUUAUUCGUAUUGUUGAUGAUAUUUUUUCUACGCAGAAAUAUGGCGAGGAUGAAAUUGAAAUACCGAACGGCGAGUUUUUCUCUCGCGAGUUCUGGAAUGAUACUCCAGAUCAUUUGAAACGGUGGAUGUUUGAAGUUGGUUUACUUGAGCGAUCUUUUUUCGAGAUCAAUAACCUUUCUUGUGCUACGGUUAGAGAUAAUUGGCUUUUAUUCGCUGUUUUGGAAGAAGCUCCGUUUGAAGCCAAGAGUUCGUUUUGGCGUGAAAAUUGGCGCAACAUAUUAGUUUCCAUAAAACCAACUGAUUUGCAACGAUUAAUGAAUUUAUGCAUGAAGAACGACAGCGACGUUGAACUGUUCAAAAAAAAUAAUUUAUCUAGAUACGAAAAUAUCAGCGUCAAUUGCUCAAUGCUUAUGGAUCAGUCGCGUUGGACAGAGUUGGAGGAAUUUUUGAAUUUUUGUUGCUCGGAAAAGGAAACCAAUUUAGCGUUGCGGAUCAAGUGUUUAAACAGCCAUUUAAGUACGUUCCAAAAUACGACUGAUCAUAUACUUAUGAGCAGAAAAAUCCUCAAGAAUAUUCUUCAAUUUAGUACGUUCGUCGAUGAUACUUAUUGCGACGAUCUCAUUCUUGCCUCUGAUUUUAAAAAUCGCGUUCUGUUUUCACCUGGAACGAUGCGUAAUCUGAGUGAUUGUGUAGCGGGGAAUAAACUUGAGAAAGUAAUGAAAUUUGUCGAUACAUUCGUGAUGUCUGAGCAAGCGGCUGUUGAUUUCAAAGAGCAUCAUUUUCUACCAGCUUUUGUUAAUAUCCUUGCUACUGAAACUUAUCGUUUUAAAUUCGAGUAUGACGCAUUUGAAAAGUUUAUGCGUUGGUGUUUCGGUAGUGACGAUAAAAUUAAAGAAUUUAAAUCAACUAUACCAGUUGAGGACAUUCUUCGACGUGUUGCCCAAGACACAGAUGCUAGCCUUCUUGACGCUGAAGGUAUGUCAUAUCAAUCUUCUCAAGAUCGCGCCGCAAGAGAGUUAUAUUUUAAUCUGCAUAAAUUUUUGCAAUGGGUUUUCUCCUCUUCUGAGGAAGUUGCAGAGUUUGAAAAAAAAUUCAGUGGGUUCGAAGAGCAUGUUUCUAAAGAAUGAGAUAUUUUAUGUACCUAUUAUUUUUACGAAAAGACUGCUAUUCAUUUUUUAUUUACCUACCUGUUUUUGAAUUUUUAAUGAAUUUUUAUACCAAAGUAUAUUAUAUAUUUUAUUGUAUCAAUUUAUGAAAUGAAAUGAAAUGUUACUUUGUAGGUAUUUCAAUAUUACACGUGUUUUUAA